AGACAUAAAAAUCUAGAUUGGGUCAACUGUAUGUCAAGUUAUGGGUUUCAAGCAAUGGUUUCAAGUAACAGAGCUAUUUUUAAUCAUAUGGUUACUGAAGGAGAGGAAGGCGAUUAUUGGCAUAAAUGGGCGGGGUAAAUUGGCUGCAUGUGCGUUCACUGCACGUUUUUCCUGUCAUUGGGACUGUUGUGGCGGUCAGGAUGAUGAAGCUCUGACAUCCUUUUCGAGGAUCAUCCCCAUGCCUAAUCUGCAGGUAAGCACUUUGCGUGUACCUGUAUAUGAUGACCCUCAAGAAGACCUGUACAAGUAUUUUGACCGCUGUGCUGAUGCCAUAGCCAGUGAGGCAGAACGGGGAGGGACUGUUGUGUACUGCAAGAAUGGACGCAGUCGCUCAGCUACUGUCUGUGUGGCCUAUUUAAUGAAGCACCAGGGUCUCACCUUGACAGAUGCCUUCCAGGUAGUAAAAAGUGCCCGAUCAGUAGUUGCGCCUAACCCAGGAUUCUGGACUCCGCUGGAGCGAAAUGAACAGGAGCUGAAGAUCAGGAGGUCGGCCAGCCACAGAUCUAACCUCUCUCCACUUUAACUUCAUACCAACAUUUCCUGAUAUGACAUUCUCAAACUUCAGGGCUUUAUAAUAAGUCUUUAGUCAUGUCGCUCUUCAAGCUUGCUGCAAAUAAUUAAUACCUUAUAAUAACAAUAAUAACGAUAUGUGAUUUAAAUGAUUAUAAA